ACAGCGUUUAAUCGCCCGCGACCUUCCUCUUUCGCCUACAAAGGUUGGCAUGCCAAGCACGAUGCUUGUCGGUCGUAAUUCCGAUCUCGUGUCCCAGUCAUGCACUCUCGACAACCAGUUGACGGUGCCCUGGCCAGGAAAUUCUACAUAGUACCCAUAUAAUAAAAUGCAAUGAAUGCCCCCAUGGUAUGCAUAGCUUUUUUAGUAUGAUGCACGUCAAGGCACCAUCACAGCAGAACCACCCCCGCCCAUUGCGCGACGAGAGACAUCACCUCUUGUUGAGAAGGACAAUUCUGCCAAGAUGCAUCUCGUGCGCGGCCUCGUCCUCCUGGCCCUCGCCGGCGCCUCUGCGGCCCUGCGGCCACGCGCGGAACCCGUCGAGGAAUCCAGCCCGGGCGGCAGCAAGACCUUCAUCGUGGAACUGACAAAGGGCUGCGACGUCGAGAACGCCCGGCAGGAGCUCCAGCGGCAGGCGCCCGGCAGCAAGGUGCGCAAGACGUUCGAGUCGGACGUCUUCACGGGCCUCAGCGUCGAGACGACCGACCACAACGUCGAGUCCAUCGUGCGCGGCCUCGGCGACGCCGUCCGCGCCUGGCCCAUGCGCAUGCUCCCGAACCCGGCCCCCAUCGUCGGCAGGUCCUUCACGGCCGAGGAGGGCCCCGCCGCCGCCGCCAACUACUCGCUGCACAAGUACACGGGCGUCGAGCAUCUGCACCGCGUCGGCCUGUCGGGCAAGGGCGUCACCGUCGCCAUUGUCGACACGGGAAUCGACUACUCACACCCUGCGCUCGGCGGGUGCUUCGGCCAGGGCUGCAAGGUCGCGGGCGGGUACGACCUGGCAGGCGACGGGAAUUAUCCCGUGGGGCCUCGGCAGCCAGAUGAAGACCCGCGCGACCGCAAAGGACACGGCACCCACGUCGCUGGCAUCCUGGCCGGAAAGACGGACAGUUUUGUCGGCGUCGCCCCCGGAGCCACCCUGCUUGCCUACAAGGUGUUUGGCAGCGGCGAUGGCGCCUUUGAGGACAUCCUCAUCGACGCGUUCCUGAUGGCCUACAAGGACGGAGCCGAUGUAAUUACGGCCAGCAUCGGUGGCGUCGGUGGGUGGUCGGACAACGCCUGGGCCGAGGUCGCAUCGCGUCUGGUGGAUGCCGGCGUCGUCGUCACCAUUUCGGCGUCCAAUGCAGGCCAGACGGGGCCCUUUUUUGCAUCCACGGGGGCUUCGGGCAAAAACGUCAUCUCCAUCGCCUCGGCCGAGGGCGGUGAUCUCGCUGCGGAGCCCUUUGUGGUCACCAUUGGCGGCACCAACGAGUCGACCUUCGGCUACGUCCCCAGCAACGCGGCGUGGAAUAUCACCACCAUGCCCGUCGUGCCGACCUCGCUCAACACAUCAGUGACGGACGACGCAUGCUCGCCGCUCCCCGCCGACUUUCCCUCACUCGACGGCGCCGUGGCCCUGAUCCGCCGCGGCGGCUGCGACUACGCGGUCAAGCAGCGCAACGCCGAGGCGGCCGGAGCCCGCUUCGUGCUGGUCUACAACACCCCGACCUCCCUCUGGGCGGCCCCCUUCUCCUCCAACACCAACUCCAGCCUCGCGCUGGUGGACGUGCCCGGCGGCGAGGCGAUGGUGCGCGCAUGCGCCGCCAACCAGACGGUGACGGUCGACUUUUCCCGCAAGCCCUCGCACAAGGUGGGCGUCUUCAACGCGGCGGGCGGCCUGCCCAACGCCUUCACCUCGUGGGGCCCGCUCUUCGACAUGCAGGCCAAGCCCGACGUGGCAGCACCCGGCGGCAACAUCUUCAGCACCUCCCUCGACGGCGGCUGGGAGGUGUUGAGCGGCACUUCCAUGGCUACGCCGUACGUGGCCGGCGUCGCGGCGCUGUACAUUGAACGCCACGGCGGCAGGACAUUGCACGGCGCAGCGCUGGGCCGCGCCGUCCACCGCCGCAUCGUGUCGAGCGGCGCCGCCCUGCCCUGGUCCACCACCGACCCGCUGCGGACGGGCGUGCCGAACAACGACUUUGGCUUCUUUGCACCGCCGGCUCAGGUCGGCAGCGGCAUGGUCAACGCGACCAAGGUGGUCGAGUACGGCACCACGAUCGACUUUGAGCCGUUUGCGCUCAACGACACGGCCAACUUCCAAGGCCGGCACGAGAUUUCCCUCACCAACGGGGGCGACGCGGCCGUCACGUACCGAUUCUCGCUGCAGCCGGCGGGCGCCGUCGAGAUGCUCCAGCCGUUCAACCAGUUUGGAUUCCGGUCGCGGCGGAUCAAGGACCUGGAGAGCAUCGCGACGCCCGUCCACAUCGUGCCCGAAGUGGCCAUGCCGGACCCCGUCGUGGUCGCCCCGGGAGAGACCAAAAAGGUCGUUUUCGACUUUUCCCGGCCCACGGUCGGCGUGAACGAGACUGCGAUGCCCCUGUACGGAGGCAAGGUGCUGGUCACGGGUGACAACGCCGAGGCCCUGUCGGUGCCGUAUGUGGGUGUGGCCUUUAGCCUGGCCGAGCAGAUCAACCCUGCCUGGAAGAGCAUUGAGUUUGGACAAUGGGGCACGCCGCCGACAAAGACUUGGACCUUUGACCUCAACACCACAGUCCGCGGUUACCCCGUAAUGUUUGCCUCGUUCGAGUUCGGCAUCUCCGAGCUGCGAUGGGACAUAUUCGAGGCCAACUGGACCGAAGACCGGUGGAGCUACCCGCCGGUUGAGGGCGAAAAUGGCUUCGUCGGAUCGGCGACGUCAUAUUCUCAACCGGGGAGGCUCAGUCCUUUUAUCUACUUUGACUCGGCCACCAUGCAAGCCAACGAUACCUUUUCUUUUCCCCUCGUCGACCUGGUGCGCUCAUACCCAUUCAUCACGGACUCUUACCAGUUCUGGUGGUUGGGUGCCAUGGCAGACGGCUCACAGAUCAAUUCGGGACAGUAUACGAUGCGCUUUGCUGCUUUACGUCCUCUGAUGAACCCGGCCAAAUCGGAGAGCUGGGCGGUGUGGCCGGUGCCUCAGAUUUCAGUCAACAGGGCACUGAGUAAUGCUACCACGCAAGCCCCAAGUGGAAACAGUACAUGAAAAUGAUCUUGUCUCUUUUGCAUUUACCAAUGCGGUGAUCAACAAUUGAAAGCAUUGAAAUGAAGUCAAGGACGUUUCUUGAAUAUUCGAGUCUUUGUAAACAGGGAAAAAGACAGAAUCCACAGCAGAAAUAGAUGCCGUAAAGAAAUUCCUUGCCACUUCGCUGGCACCUAAUCUCAGUGCUCAGCCUAGACCCCGGCUGCGCAGGGG